AUGCAGGUCGUAAAAGGUCGCGUUAUGCCGCGCCCCUGCCAGAAGCGGCGCGCACGCGUUGCUGCACAACGAGGUGCAAACGCAAAGCCAGCACCUCCACCUCCGUUACCGAAGUCGAAAGCACAGCAGAAAAACAAUCAGAAACCUCAGCGUGGCCGCGGUCGCGGUCGUGGCCGAGGAGGCAACUUUGGGGGUCGCCCGACACGCGGACAAAGCAGCUACAAUGGCGCCGAAGAGUUUCGAUCGUUCGUUGACGCGCAGAGAAGCGGGAACCAGUUCGGGGCGCUGCACAACAAUGCCCGAGCGGGGGGAAGCAGUUCGUUUGAUGCCAUUGCGCUCGACGACUCGGACGACUCAGAGCUUGAAGAGGGCGAGCUCACUGACGACGAAUCUGAUAUGGAUGACUCCAUGAGCGACCUGGACACGGACAAUAGUGCAGACGACAUGAUGAUCAAUAUUGGAGAGGUUCGACCACAGAAGGGCAGACCACGGAGGGCCGAGGUCAUGUUCACUGCGCUGCAAGCAGUGUCCAUCUACCAUACUAUGCACCAGGCCGGGUUUCCCUUGGCCGCAAGGAAGAUGGGAAGAUUUGAUGCUAGUGGGCAGGUCGUAGAGGUCGAGGUUGAAGCCAUCUACACCAACAACCACCACCUUACGCAGAACUCGCACAUCAAGUUCACGGACGAAUCAAAGGCACAAGCUUCUUCCAGGAACGCCGGCGACCGCUCAACGAGAUCAUCAACCUAUGUCUCGGACUUCCCAAGAGGGCAGCGACCGGCUGCAAGCAAGACAACGAACGCUGCGCCACGACUACCAGAGCACGAUUUUGUGCGCGACUACGUCUUUGAUUGGGGGAGGUACAAGAACAGUCACAUUUCCGACGUGCCAGACAGCUAUUUACGCACUAUCGGUGGGCAGUCAUUCAUCUUCGACGGCAGGCACCCAGGCCUGAAGGAGGCGUUCGAUCACCACCGCCCAGAACUGCGACAAACGGCAACAAACCCACAGCCACCGGCACAAGUACCAGUCCAGGCUCCUCGCCGUACACGAGGUGGUCCUCUGAACGGUGCGUCCUCUUCUGAAAAGUACAAAUUUCCAAAGGGCGCGUUCAAGGGCAUGCGCCUCGACCAGGUAGACGAGAACUACAUCCGAACAAUUGAGGGAAUGUCCACUGUUGUCCACUCCUGGCCUGGUCUCAAGGAAGCAUUGGAAGACUUCAAUGAGAAGACCGGCCGUCAAGGGAAGGUGCAUCCUUGA